UGCAGAGCCGGGAUUGGCAUAAACAUUGGCGGGGCUUUAUGGAAAGUUAUAGAAAGAAAAACAAGCGAUCGUACCUACAAACCCGGUUUAAUGUUAUGAUUCGGAUCACUUGGAAACUAUGGAUUACGAUCAAGAAUAACAUAGUAUAGAGACAGUGCUAUGAUGUAUGCAGUAAAAAAUAUAAGCAGCGAGUAGAAAGCGGAAGCUAUUAGCUAACGUUAGCUAGAGUCUUCACAAUUGUUUCUUAGGCAGCAAACGUAACGUAGUUGUUUUGCUGGGUAGACUGCCCUGUACGUAAAUACAGUACCUUAACCUCGAUGAUGGUUAGCAGUCGAUCGAUAAGGUAGAGCUUAGAUUUAUUUUUGGAUUGUCAUUUCUGUCUACGCUGUCAGACGAAACAAGAUGAGCGCUGCCCGGGAGAUAAAACAACUGCAAAAAGCAAAGAGCAAAGCCCAGAGCAGCAAUAAUUUCAGAGAAGAGGCCAGUCUUUGCAAUCAACUGGGAGAAGUGCUGUCAAGAAAUGGUGAUUAUGAAGCAGCCAUUGAGGAACAUCGGCAGGAAUUGCAAAUUUCCACGGCAAUAAAUGAUGUAAUUGGACGUGCAGUGGCCAAUCGUAAGAUAGGGGAGUGUUAUGCAGAGAUGGGAAACAUAGAAGCUGCUUUACGGCACCAGCGAUGUCACCUGGAUCUGGCUCGCUCCGUCAGCGACCAUGCCGAGGAACAAAGAGCGCUAGCCACCAUCGGCCGAACCUUCCUUUUCCGCUACGAGUCCGACUCUUCAAAGGAGAGCUUGAGGCAGGCAGAAGACGCCUUCAGGAAGAGCAUGGAUAUUGUAGACAGCCAACUGGAAGGGACAGUGAGUAAUCGUGAGCUGAGUGAGAUGAGAGCUCGGCUGUACCUCAACCUGGGUCUCGUGUGUGACCACCUGGGGGAGCCCAAGCGCUGCAGUGAAUACAUCCGCCUCAGCGUUUACAUUGCAGAGAAGAACCAGCUCCUGGAGGAUCUGUAUCGUGCCAACUUCAACCUGGGCAACAUCUACUUCCGCAAUGGUCGCCACUCCAACGCCAUGCGCAGCCUGGAGCAGGCCAAAGAGUGUGCCCGCAAGAUCAAAGACAAGUUCAUUGAGAGCGAGUGCUUCCACUCCAUCGGCAAGGUUCAGCUGUCUUUGGGGGACUUUGUGGCGGCCAGGCGUUCUCUGAAGAAGGCCUUCUCCCUGGGGUCCCAGCACGCUGUGGACAGAGAGGCAGUAAAGAAGGCCUUCAAACAAGCGAUUAGGGGUGGUCAGCUGGAAGAGGCACUGGGGGACCUGGGUGGUGACGUGCCUUCCCAGGAGGCCGUGGGGCUGGCCGAGCAGCUUGGGGACCUCUACUGUAAGGUCGGCUGCUAUAGCAAGGCUCUGGAUGCAUACCACAUGCAGCUGUCCCGUGCUGAGGCGUUGGGCAAGCCAGCUCGGGAGCUGGCCGUGAUUCAUGUUUCUCUGGCUGCCACCUACACAGACCUUCGGCGUUACGACCAGGCUGUGGAACACUACCGACAGGAGCUGGCCCUCAGACACGGGAACCCCAAAGAGGAGUGUAAAACUUGGCUGACCAUCGCUGCGGCCCAGGAGGAGAGUGGGAAGAGCCUGGAGGAAGUGGAUAUUAGCUAUGACACAGCUUUGCGAUGUGCUCAGAGGUCAUGCCAAGCCAAACUACAGAGCCGAGUCCUGAAGGCGUGGCUGGCUGCCCAGAGGCGCUGUGGUUUGUCGCAGGCUGAUGACACACAGGCCAGGCUGGAGGAGCUGCGUAGGACCGAAGGCUGGAGUCCCGAGGGUGGGAGUGAGGGGGAGGAGGAUGAAGAUGAGACAGAGAACAGUGAACAGAUGGAGGACAGCGACAUAGAGCUCUCAGACUCUGACGAUGAUCUGGAGGAGUAUGACAAGAUGGUCUCCGGCGGCAGGAGGAAGCCAGGUCGUUGGAACAAGAGGAAUGAGAAGGGCGAGACGUCCCUCCACAGAGCUUGUAUAGACGGGAACCUGAGGCAGGUUCAGUUCCUGCUGGAGCAGGGUCAUCCUGUCAACCCCAGGGACUACUGUGGCUGGACGCCGCUCCAUGAAGCCUGCAAUCAUGGCCACACAGACGUGGUGGCUCUGCUGCUGGAUCGGGGGGCUAACAUCAACGACCCGGGGGGGUCCCUGUGUGAGGGAGUCACGCCUCUGCAUGACGCCCUGACCUGUGGUCACUUCCAGGUGGCCAGAGUGCUGGUGGAAAGGGGGGCAUCGGUCACUCUCCGCAACUCCAAGGGGGAGACAGCCCUGGAUAGCCUGCGUCUGUGGCAGAGGAUGUACAGCAGAGAGCUGGACCAGGAGGCCAGACAGGAGCUGUCCAGCACGGAGAAACUGCUGAGGAGGGCUCUAGCAGGGUUAGUUACAGCCGUGCCCGUGCCCCCGAAGCCCUGUGAUGCUCUGCAGGACAGUCAGCUUUUUGACGCGGAGAACUCAGAGCCUCUGAUCCCCACCAGAGGGCGCCACCCGUCCACCGAAAGCCUGCCCAGAACCAGGAGCCCCAAGGACAGUGCCAGCCCACGGAGCCCCACUCAGAGGCACUGUAACGGCACACCACGCCCCCCCCAACGACACAGAGGGACCGAGGCCUCUGUCCUCUUUGGGCAUGACAGCAGCAGCUCCUCCGACCACAGUGAUUUGGACGCCUCUGUCAGCCCCCUGAGGCCUGUCCGCCCACGCCGUUUCCCAGCAGCCCCCACUCCACAAGAUGUGGCCCCCAGCCAGGAAGUAAGCACGUCUGUUUCUGAGGUGAGGGCCACUGGGGCGCCCCCUGCCUUUGGUAGGGAAGAGUACCACAGUGCCAUUCGCAGCCUGGGCAGCGCCAAGUCCCGCCUCCUCGCCGAGAACCUAUCGCAGCCACAGUUCAGCAGCACACCGGCGAUCUCAUCCAAUGGCAGGCCUGCGCUUGUUCCCGAGGAGGAAUAUCUGAUAGACGAUUGGCUGGAGGAUGACAUGGGCGAUGUUCAGCCAAAGAAGAGAAGGAGAGUGGGGGGGGGUCCGAAUGGAUCGUGGGGCUCGAGUGCGACAUCGUCGGCGGCCGGAACUCGGAUACGACACUCAGAUACGACUGAGCCGGCAAACAGUGUGCUGCCAUCCUCCAGGAAGGAUCUCUCUCCGAUGAAGACGACCUCUUCCUCCUCCAGGCCACGGCAGGUGAAGAUGACUCAGCUCUCGGGCAUGGUUAGGCUGGGCCGCCGAGAGGUCAGCAGGUCACAGAGCCCCACUGCAUCAGAUGAUGUCCCUCGAGUUUCCAGGCCGCCCCAGAACCACCCCGACUCUCAGCAGGUCCCUCAGCAGCCUGUGGGCAGGUCAAUGCCUGCACCAAUCAGGAUGCGGGUCAGAGUUCAAGACAACGUGUUUCUGAUCCCAGUUCCUCAUAGUGAGGCAGACUCGUGCACGGUAUUGUGGUUGUGUGAACAGGCCUCCCAGCGAUACUACCAGGCCUGUGGUCUCCUGCCACGCCUCUCUCUGCAGAAAGAGGGCGCUCUCCUCUCCCCUCAAGACCUCCUGCUGGCCGUUCUCCACUCCAAUGAAGAAGUCCUGGCUGAGGUAUCUUCGUGGGAUCUUCCUCCUCUUCCUGAGCGCUACAAGAAGGCCUGUCAUAAUCUGGCAGUGGAGGAGAGCAAGCGCGUGCUCCGUCUCUGUGAGGUGCAGGACGGGAGUCCCUCUGUGUCUCUGUGUGGCCUCAGCCUGCCCCCCUCCAGUCUCACCCCUGUCCUCCGCGCCCUCAAGCUGCAGGCCGGCCUCACGCAGCUACGACUGUCUGGGAACCGACUCCAUGACCACCUCUUUCCCGAGCUGGUUGCUGCCGCCGUUACGAUGCCCCGGCUCCGCCUGCUAGAUGUGUCCUCCAAUGACAUCACAGGGGAGGGGCUUAAGAAAGCAGCAAAUGCCUUGGCAGGGCAACCUCAACCUGCUUUCCCGUGUCUGGAGGAGUGGGACCUGAGUGUGAACCCUCUGGGUGAUGGUCUGUCCCAGGCCUUGUCCUGUCUCCUGUCUGCCUGCCCCCUAUUGGCCAGCCUGUCCCUUCAGGCCUGCAACCUCACCGCCCGGUGCUUACAGCUACAUCGCCUGUUGCUGGCCGGUGCCCUUGCAGGCACCGGUCACUUGAAGUCAGUGAAUCUGUCCCACAAUGCACUGGGCUCUACAGGCUUUGAGCUGGUUCUAAAGACUUUGCCUCUUCAUUGUCUCACACACCUUCACCUGUCUGCCAUCCGCUGUGGGUCAGCUGAUCAACCGUCAUUAGAACAACUGAUGUCGGUCCUGUCUCAGGGUGAGUGCUCCCUGACCCAUUUGAGUCUUGCUGGAAACGGACUGACAGACGGCGGCAUGGCAACCCUCGCCAGGUGUUUGCUCGUCUGUCCCUCCAUUGUGUCACUGGACCUGUCGGGGAACCCGGCGGUGACCUCAGCGGGGCUACACAGCCUCCUCUCCGCCCUUCGUGAUGCUCAGCGACCUUUGACCUAUCUCAACCUCCAAGGUUGCCAGGUAGUGGGUCCCUGGGACAGCGCUGGUCUGGAUGGCCUGUCAGAACUGGUCCAGGACCUGCGGCUGUGCUCCCAGAGGCUCAACAAACUGGACCGUGAGAUGCUGCAGCAGACCUGGGGCUCAAGGCCCGGAGUUCGCUUCCUCUCCAGAGACGCCAAGUGCCUACUCACUGCUGCCCCCUCGCUGUGAGGAGGACUCUCACACCUUUUUAAACGUUGCUGCUUAAUUUGAAGCAUCAUUAUGUGAGGGGCUCUGAAUUCAUGUUUUGUAUUUAUCAUGUAGAUAGAUUCCCUUGUUUGCUUGUGGGUCUUUACUGUGCAUUUGUAUUGUCUAUGGUUUUUGUAAGUAUUCUGUGGAAAAAAAUGUAAAAAAAAUAAAGUGAACCUUAUUGUCA